GCCGCCGCCGCCGCCGCGCGGAGCAGAGUGCGCCUGCGCGGGCCGCCCGGGUGGCUGGGCCGUGGCGGAGCGUUCCAUGGCCGGCGGCGCGGGACCAUGACCGAUUACAGCGAGGAGCAGCGCAACGAGCGGGAGGCGCUGGAGUCCAUCUACCCGGACUCGUUCACGGUAUUAUCAGAAAACCCAACAAGUUUCACUAUCACAGUGACAUCGGAAGCAGGAGAAAAUGAUGAAACUGUCCAGGCAACCCUUAAAUUUACCUAUGGAGAAAAAUAUCCAGAUGAAACUCCACUUUAUGAAAUAUUCUCCCAGGAGAACCUUGAAGAUAAUGAUGUCACAGACAUAUUAAGCCUUCUAGAACAACAGGCAGAAGAGAACUUGGGGAUGGUAAUGAUCUUCACUCUAAUGUCAGCUGUACAAGAGAAAUUAAAUGAAAUAGUGGAUCAAAUAAAAACAAGACGAGAGGAGGAAAAGAAACAGAAGGAAAGAGAAGCAGAGGAGGCAGAAAAGCUAUGUUUCCAUGGCACUCCUGUUACAAUCGAGAAUUUCCUAAGCUGGAAAGCAAAGUUUGAUGCAGAGCUCCUAGAAAUUAAAAGAAAAAAGAUGAAAGAAGAAGAGCAAUCAGGCAAAAAUAAAUUAAGUGGAAAACAACUAUUUGAAACCGAUCAUAAUCUUGACACGUCUGACAUUCAGUUCUUAGAAGAAGCUGGAAACAGUGUGGAAGUGGAUGAAUCCUUGUUCCAGGAAAUGGAUGACUUGGAGUUGGACGAUGAAGAGGAUGACCCUGAUUACAACCCUGUUGAUUUAGAUAGUGACUAGACUGAAUUUGCUGAACUGGCUGUGUCAUUAGUAUGCGUGGACACAUGUAGGGAGAAAGAGGCAGUCAGGAAAGCCACAGCAUCUGUGGCUCUACCAAGCAUGUAUUGGUUUUCAUUUUUGAAGGAAAAAAACCAAACUCUUUUAAUUUCAGGAGAAUACUCUUCUGAUGACUUUCAUCGUAAUUAAUAAAUUGAGUUUAACAUUUCAAAUGUGAAAUGUUAGGCAUAUUGUUAAUCUGUAUGAAGUCUAGAAACCUAUACAUCUGUUCUCUCUCCCUUCCCACCUCAAUAACUGUCCUUGAAGAGAUCAGACAUGCAAGAUGAAAAGAUGCUAGAGCAGAUGCUGCAUGUGCCACAAUUCAAAGGUGUGCUGAACACCUAUUCUGUUAUCUUCAGCCUGAGAUACGUGUGGAAGUUCUGGUGAAGAAAUGGGGAGUGCUUACUAUAAAGCUGCUCUAUCUGUGGGACUCUACAAUGCUUCAAAUACAACUUAUUAAUGGUGCUUCUAACCAUUCUCAUUCAUUAACGGCUAUAGAGAGACUGACUGGUGGUGACCUUUCAGCUUAACACCACCUCCUCAGAGUUCCAUUUUAGAUGAUAUCCUUCCUCUUCCCCAUACUACAGCAGCACCAAUAACACUGCUGAUGUUAAAGAUAAAAUCGUUUCUACAUUAUAAAGGUGGUUCGAUAACUUGGCCAUUUCAGAUUACAUAGGGUUUAAAAUUGACAUCUUGGAUACGAUUUUUAAAAAAAAGGUAAAACCAGAGCAGUGAAAACCCUUUAAUUCCUCUUGUUUUCAAAUUUUAACUUUUUGGCCAUAAUCCAGACAAAGAAUUUGGAAUAAAGUUCUAAAGGACA